UGGAAUGAAACCAAAAUAAUGGCAGGAAACUUGUUGGCUUUCCAAAGAUUUGGACCAACGCAAUAUGACGACGAGUCGUCUGAAAAUUUGGUCGAACACAAUGUUGACUAUGACUUCCUGUACCCCCGAAGUGGUCACCGCGUGGCUGUCGACGAGAAGAACAUGUACGUGCUGGGAGGGUACAAUCCUCGUUUCUGGGACGUAGAAAAUACAGAGGAUACUUACUACCCUCUCUUUAAAGAGCUAUGGCAAUUCAACUUUUCUCUGAAGAAAUGGACAUUACUACAAACAGAGGGAAACAUGCCUAUUGAAUUGGCUUCUCACACUGCUGUGAGGUGUGGUCGGAACCUGCUGUGUUUUGGUGGAACAGGUGUACCCUUUGGGGAGUGUAGCAGUAACCAACUACAUAUUUGUAACCUGGACACACUCAAAUGGCGUCAGCUCAACUGUACUGGGGAACACCCACAGAAAAAAUAUGGCCAUUCCAUGAAUGUAGUAGGUCACUACUUGUACAUUGUUGGGGGGACGUCAGGGUUUGUUUACAACAUGGACAUCCACCAGCUGGACCUACGGACGGCCACAUGGACACACCUUGAAGCCGACAACCAAAAGUACAUCCCAGAGAGCAGGUACAGACAUGAGGUAGCCAGUGACGGGACAAGGCUCUACCUGUUCGGAGGUGGCACUGCCUCCACCUCGUUUGGAUUUGACAAGAUGCCAGCAUUCCAUUUUGAAAGAUGUAUGUGGGACGAAAUAAAGACAAAGCCAGAUCCCAAAAAUGGUUACCCUACUCCAAGGAAGUGUCAUAGCUGUGUGUAUUAUGAAAAAGGCGCUUACAUAUGUGGUGGAUUUGAUUCCCAUGAGAUUUUCAGUGACAUAUGGAAGUUGUGUCUGGUGACGUAUACCUGGACAAAGCUGUCUGCUAGUCUCCACAUACCUGUUUACUUCCAUGCAGCUGAUGUCACCAAGGAGGGCUGUAUGUAUGUGUUCGGGGGUGUCUCACGGAUUGACACCAUCAGGACCAAUGCCGUCCAGAGAAUCUGGCUUCGAGUACCUGCACUCGAUGAACUGUGUUGGGAUUACAUGUGUAGGAAGAUGGAUGUUGUGAAAUUCAAGCAGGACAAGAAGAAUCUUUUAGGUCUCGGUGUACCUAUGCACUUUGUUGAUCGGUUGUCAUAACAACAGGCUCUGUAUUACUGCCACCACACAUAUAAGUCUUUCAUAACACAUUUUACAUACAUGUGAUGUCAUAUUUUGUUGUUGACCGCUACUGGCCUACCUCAUAAUUUUCAGGCAAUGUCAUCUGCAGUUUUUAAUCUGAUUGACGGAAACUUGUUCACAAUAACAAGGGUCUGAACUACCAGUAACUCAUGUCCAGUGCAGUAAAGUAUUUCGUAACAUUCUCACAUUUGUAUCACAUAUAUGUAGGGGAAAUCCAUUGACAUUUUUUUUGUUGUCAAUUUCUGGGAUGAUCUGAUCAUCUGUUUACGAGGGAGAAUAUUAAUGUGCAAAAUAUCCCGGUAAUAGUUGAGGAAAUUUUCAUCAACAUUUUCAGCUCCAUAACUGGAAAAGUUUUCAUGGUAGAUUAUCUUCAUAUGAAUGUCAUUUGUUUCUCAUUGAUAAGAAAUCAUUUCCAUGUCAAGAAGAAAUUAAUGACAACAGUACAUGUUAACGAGGAACAUGCAAUAUAAUCAGACAUAAGUCCUUCAUUCGUAGAAAUACGUAGCUAAACUUUUGAAGCAAUAUAAAAUCAAUCUCAUUAUUCAUUGGUUCAGUUUGGUGCAAAAGAACUUUAUCUCGGCCAUAGUUAGGAAAAUAUGAUGAAUAUAUGGAGGUUAAACUUGGAGAGUAAGUGUUGUGGUGUCAGAAGAAUUUUUACGAAACAUUUCUGAAUUUUUACGAUACACAUUUCUGAUAUAUUUUCAUACCAGUAGUUACAUAGACAUUAGACACUUUAGAUGACAUCAUCAUAAACGUAGCACCAUGAUAUCGUGUUGUGAAAUUCUACACCAUGAUAUCGUGUUGUGAAAUUCUACACCAUGAUAUUGUGUUGUAAAAUUCUAGUCAUCACUAGAUCUCACAGAAGUUUUCACUUCACUCGUUACACGGGAAAAUCACUUGAAAAUGAAUUUGAAAGUAAUAGGACAAAAAAAUCUCUUUUGGACUUCAUUAACUUAUCCAGUAGAACUGGUUAGCUUGACUUCUUAUUUAACAGUUCUGUUCCUACAUUGAAAUAACGAGUACUUGUACUGUAGUUCCCAACUUACAUAUUCCUUAGCUUUUUCUUUUACAAAACUGACAGAUUCAAUAAUAGUUUUUUGCGGGAAGACAAAUCAAGUGUUGUACCACAAAAAUGAUCAUUUUCAGAAAUAUUUCCACAUAACAGUAACAUGAGAAUUGAUUAAUUUGUUUCGUUUCCUACAAUUUUGUAUCAACCAAUAUUAAGAGUAUCUCCUUUUCAAAUCUACUAUAAUAUAACCUGGCUUUAUUGUGGAGCCUGAGAUAAUCCAGUCCUUGAGCUUCCUGGCAAACUUGCAUGUUGAUAAAGUUUGUUUACAUAUUGUUAACUUUUACUCGAUUGUUAAUCUAAAAUGUUACAUUUCAUGUUUUAUGCCCCGUUGUGAAGUGUAAGUAGCUGUAGAUAGUAUGAAUUCUUCGUUUGAAAGCUUUUGACUUGAUUUUUGACCAGAUAUUUACUUUUUUCAUUGCAUUUUUCUUUUUUUUAUCAUAAAAUGUAGCAUGUUAUCCUUUCAUGAAUAUUAUUUUCCAUCAGAUAUCUCCAUACGUUUAUAGGGCUUAUUCUAAUGUCAAUUUAUAACAUUUUCUUAUCUUCUUCAGUUUCACAAUGAAGACAUUUUAAUUGUUGUUUCGGAAUUGGCCGAAUUAUUGGUAAAAAUUUGGAUCAAAACAAUGGACUUGUUAGAAUCAUCAUGUAACUUGAAUACUUACUCUACAUGCCACAUGUAGCGUAGAUGUCAGCCUCUGAAACCUCCAAUUAGGGAGAUCUCCCUCAUUCUACAUUUCCAAUGAGGGAGUAAGUACGUGAAACGUGACUGAAACUACUUUGCUCAAUUUAUCUUUCCCAUUUUAUGUAUAAAAGUAACUCCAAAAAGCAUUUAUUUGCUUCAGACACACCUGUAAUGAUCAUUACACACCCUGCAGUUACUAGGGAAUCAUUUGACCACAGGAUGUAGAUUUUGAGUUUGUGUGAGUUUGGACUUGAAUGAUGGAGAUUUGAGGGAGAUUGGUAAAUAUUGGAUAUUGGUCAAAAUUGGGGAGUCUCCCUCCUAAUGAGGGAGGGUUGACAGCUAUGAUGUAGCUGUUUGAUAAUUAAAACUAUUAUUGUUAAGACUAUUCCACUUUUACCCAUAAUGUUGAUUUAGAGAAAUCCUUAUUUAACCAAGUUUAACAUUCUAAUUGAAGUUUUUUGUUUAACUAUGAUUUUAUAUGACUUUAUCAUUUGACUGUUGGUUUGGUGUUUCUGAUUUUGUUUUGCGUGUGUAGCACGAUGAUAUACUCAGCCGAAUGUAGGGCGAUAACUAUUACGUUUUAUGCUGUGCAUAUACUUAUAACAUGUUAUAUUACAUACGUUUGCUCAUUCAUUUGUUUAUUUUAUACGUUUUAGUGUUCUAGUCUGCCCUGAACAUGUUAUUGGUUACAUUUGUAUGAGGUCAUCAGUCCGAUCUUGUAUACUAUAGAUCUGUCAUUUAGCGAUUUAGCUUUUUGACUUGCGACAUAAAAUUAUCUAGAAACCAGUAGAAACCAUACCUCAUUUUACAUGAUCAUAUUUGAAUCUAGUUUAUUGUUAUCUAGGAAACUACACGUUCCAAUUUAUUUCUUGAGAGUUAUGGGAGAGGAGUGAUUUCAUUUUGCUUAAGAACAACUGCAUGCCAUUGUUUAUACACCACCUACUGGUAACUGAGGAAGCGUAGAUAUGAUAUGACGGGAGUAUAGUAGUCGCCACACAUGCUCAGUGAAAUAAAACUAAGGUACUCUCAAACCUUUACAGACUGAUGUCCCAAGACACCAAGGCCGUUUUCGUUUAAACGGUUAAACCGAUCGGACCACAGUUGUUGGUUUAUUAAAUAAGGUUGGAACUAGUAAUCUGAUGCUGGUUUCAGGCGAACCUCGACAAAACCUUGCAAGGCCACCUGCAUAAACAUUUGCAGGUCCACCAGGAUUUUUACCCGAAAUUGUUACAUUUAUAAACAGACAAAUCGGUUGUUCCGCUUGAACGAACAGGCCCUAAGACAUGAUAAGAUGAUAAUCAAUACAUACAUAAGGUAGUUAACUCUGCAAUUAAU